AUGGAUUCUCAAAUACGUCAUAUUGCAUCAGCUACUACAACCGAGACUCGUACAAUACCAACAAGUAAAACUCUGAAAGACUUUCGUUCAUUUCAAAAUCUUACUCUGUGUGCUACAAAUAUGCAACAAUCAGAGUCGGAAACAUCUCAUAAUAUAACAAUCUCUCAUGUAAAACCAUCAUCGGAAAAAUCUCGUUUACCAUCACAUGAACUGGACAAUAAAACAAAUGAUCAGAUGUCUCAAUUGACACAAGAUUUCCAUCGUCCAACUGUUGAACUCGGCUUGGAAUCAUCAUUUACACACGAUGUAACUUCAUCAUCAAAUGAACCAGCAGAGCAAUUAUCGAGUACAGGCUUGAAUGAAAACUUCAAUGUAUCAGAAACAACAGAUGAUCUAAAAAUCAACAAUGUGGAACAUAAGUAA